AUGCCUCCUCUCGGGAGCGCCAGUAAGAGCAAGGGAAAGAAAGUUGAUGCGCGACGUUCACGAAGUCGAAACACAACGCCUAGUUCCGUGUUGAGCGCUGGCGCCGCCCCGUCGGGGCCAACCACGACACCACUUUUGGAAUUGGAAACAAAACACCUCAUCGUGUCGCCGAAACCAAACUAUGGCGAGGUUAUCGAUUACCUUGAGACGCAUGGAACGAAGUUCGAGCCCAAGUCAUUGCACGACCUCAUUGACCAGUUGAAGCACUUGAGUGAUUCUGCGGAGAAACGCGCCGAGUCCUGCGAGAGGGCCAUCCGCUUGAUCCAUGAACAGAAGAAGGAAAUAGAUUCGGACCACCAAGAGCGUGAACGCCAGGCUGAACAAGCACGUCGUACAAAGGCUCGUAAGGAGGAGUCACAAUCCCAAAAGAAUCCAAAGGCAAAAAAGCGCAAGGAUAGACCGGAGACAUUUGACAGCGUUGAGAUCAAACGUGAAGAUGAACCUUCCAAGAUCAAGAUGCGGUCGACAGGCACUCCUGGACCAGUCGAUAGCCCAUCUCCGUCCAAGAAAACAAAGCUCAGCCCUGGUACAUCAUCAUUGUCAGAAGUCGCGGAUUCUCCGGACGCUGCAGCUGCCAGUGCUCACGCCUCUCCGACAAAGACCGAUGUUUCCAUGUCUGACGGUGAAGAAAAUCGUGUGAUACAUAGGCAACCUCGGAUACCGCAGCAAGGAUUCUUUCCUGACCCUCUAGCACCUGAUCCUGUCAUCUACCACAUUCGGGACGUUACGCCUGGAAUGUCGGAUGAAGAGAGGAAGGAGAUUUACGGCGUCACAUCUUUUCCAACCAGAGAUCUCAAGGACGAAAUGGCUGGCACACCACCUGACAAAGACUUCAGCAAUGCAAAGCCUACUAACCAGGUCUCUGCCAACACAUUCCUUACUUUUGUGGAACCAUACGUCCGACCACUGAUUGAAGAAGACAUGGCUUUCCUCAGAGAACGCGGUGAUCGUACAACCCCUUUCCUAGCCGUACCGCGUGGCAAGCGUUCAUACCAAGAAAUCUGGGCCGAAGAAGAUGGCACUGUGGUUGUUGAUGGUGGCAGUGAUAAAUUCCCGGGAAACAACCCCAGAGGCAGCAUGGAACAAAUUAGCGACGACAACCUCGCGACCGACCAGGUCUCAGCUGGACCUUUGGCGAGCCGCUUGCUUUCAUUGCUCAAGUUUGAACAUCGAACCCCCCUUGCCGAUAUGAAUGGAAUCGGCGAAAAUGCAUUCAAUGCGGAUGGUAACGAUACUAUGGAUUUGGACGGUCUCAUGAACGGUCACGACCCAUCUGAAAAGCCCUUGGCACCUGCGGCGGCUAUUGCGGACCUAGCGGGAUCAAAGGCAUCCAACUCGCAGCGUCUAGACUACGUCCAGACCGAAGAUCGGAUCAAGGGCGAGUUACGGCAUCUCGGCUUGCUCGGACAGGAUGAGAAUCCCGAUUAUGAUGCUCAUCACGACGACGAUAUUAGUGAGCGGCUGCGGCUAUUGCAGGCAGAACUCCGUCGAGUUAUGAUCACCAAUGGCGCUCGCAAAGCUCGCCUGCUUGGCUUGGCCAAAGAACGUCUCGCAUACCAGGAAUACAGCACUAUCCACGAAGAUCUUGACAGCCAAGUUCAACAAGCCUAUCUUAAGCGCACCAGAACUCUUGGAAAGACUAAGAAGGGUGGACCGGGAGCUAAGCCUCGUCCUGGUGGUGCUGGACCAGGUACUGCGCUCAGUCUGAGUCGAGCUCGGGAUAUUGGCGACAGUGCCAGGAUGUUGAUGGAUAGAAGAAAGCGAUGGGAGACUUGUAUUGGACCUGUUUUCAAGGAUAUGAAACAUGGCAUUCCAGAAAAAGACACGACCAUCUGGGAGUCAAAAGUCAUGGAGAGUUACGAAAAGGCCGAGCUGGAAGCCCUCGAGGAAGAAGCGGAAUGA